CUGUCAUCGGUCAUUCUCUUUAUUCAAUUCGGUUUUUCUUCCCAUCCAUGUCAAUGAGCGACGCUGUGUCUCUGAAUCUGCUUCUGCUAGUCCUGGUCAACCCACCCUCUAUUAAAAAACGAUCUCAUACCUUGUACUACGGACAUAUUUGUUGUACGGACAGAAUAUACUUGCUCUAGAUCUAGGCUCGCUUACCCCGAUGAAGAUAAGCC